GGAGACGUUCACACCUGUCAGCUGUUGCUAAAAAUUUGGUUUGCAAUACAAAACUAUAAAAAUGGUUUUGUCCCAAGAGGAGCAGGAGUUCAUCAAGCGCAAGCACGAGGCGACGCUGAAGGUCCGCCAGGAGUUCCUGAAGCAGAGCUCCAAUCCCUACCGCCAUGCCACCGGUGAGGGCGGCACCGUGUUCGACGCGGGAUUGGCUCGUUUCCAGGCAAUGCGCGUCUCCAACUAUGAGCACUUCAAGCCCACCGGCAAAUCCUUCCGCACGGGCCUGUUCGCCGUCGUCCUGCCGAUUGCCCUUUACGCCUGGGCUUUGAAGGCGGAGCGCGAUGGACGCGAGGAGAAAUACAGGACUGGCCAGGUGGCCUACAAGGAUCGCCAGUUCAAGUUCAUCUAAGCCAUACAUUCAGCAAUUGAUCUUCGAUUCGUAUAGUGGAAUUAAAACAAAACCGUAACGAA